AUUAGUGAACCGGUUCAAACGGCCAUUAAAAAGAUCCGACUCUUAAGCGAUUCGUUUACGAAUCGGACAUCGCUAAUCAAGAGAGAUCCGUCGCCUAACAACAACAUUUCGGUGCGGUAAACCAACCAUGGGGACCCGUGACGACGAAUACGAUUAUUUGUUUAAAGUGGUACUCAUUGGAGACUCUGGUGUGGGGAAGAGUAACCUGUUGUCCCGUUUCACUCGGAAUGAGUUCAACCUAGAGAGCAAGAGCACCAUUGGUGUGGAAUUCGCAACCCGCAGCAUCCAGGUGGACGGCAAGACCAUAAAGGCUCAGAUCUGGGAUACAGCAGGACAGGAGCGCUACAGAGCCAUCACAUCAGCGUACUACCGGGGUGCAGUUGGUGCUCUUCUGGUCUAUGACAUCGCAAAGCAUCUGACUUACGAGAAUGUGGAACGCUGGCUGAAGGAGCUGCGGGAUCAUGCGGAUAACAACAUUGUCAUCAUGCUGGUGGGCAACAAGAGCGAUCUGAGGCACCUGAGGGCUGUGCCCACCGAUGAGGCCAGAGCUUUUGCAGAGAAGAACAAUCUCUCCUUCAUCGAAACAUCGGCUUUGGACUCCACAAAUGUGGAGGAGGCAUUUAAAAACAUACUAACAGAAAUCUAUAGGAUCGUGUCACAAAAGCAGAUCGCCGACAGGUCCGUGCAUGACGAGUCUCCUGGGAACAACGUAGUGGACAUCAGCGUGCCGCCCACUACCGAUGGGUUAAAGGGCAACAAAUUUCAGUGCUGUCAGAACCUGUGACCCCACUUCCCCCGGUUCCACCCCAACCCUUGGGCUUCAGUUCCCCUCUAUUUAUCUCAGCUUUGCUCCUGUGUGUUGUGCUAUGGCUACGGCUCUUUCCUCUUUUUACCUCGUUGUGAUUUCCACGCUAAUUCUAGACAUCCCUUAGAAGCGUGAAUCUCUAGGUAACAUUCCUUUUCCUUUUUUUUGGGGGGGGGGGGGGUGUGUUUGUUUGUCCCUGUUUUUUUUUUCUUUACUAUUAUCCACUGUCUGAAGUCAUGUUUGCUCGGCAAAAUGUUUUUUCUUGGAAGUGAUUAUUCGGGCGCUGAUCGUGUGAUCCGCUCCUACGGAAAAGGGAUGGUGAGGGAUCAGUGUGUCUUUGGCUUCCAGCCACUCUGAUGGUUAUUCUCUGGGAUCCACACUAAACGCCCGCCGUCUGUUGAGCCAGAUCUCAGAGGGGAUGUCUGAUUUGAGCUUGAAUGGGCAAGUUCUUAGGAAUAAAAGUGUGUGUUUUGCGAAUUCGUCUUGUUUGGAUCACGUGGAUACCAAAGGAGGGCUGCUGUCAUCUUUAUUUCAAUUCUUAAACAUUUCAAGCAUCACACCCUUAGUCCUAUUCUGCAAUAUUUUACACCAGGGCUGACAGGUGUGAAUUUGCGCAAUUUGAUCGACGCGUUCAGAUUGCCGUAUAUAUAGCAGUUAUGUGAAUGCAUCUAUUAAGCAUUUCAUGAGAAAUUAUUCAAAUAACAGUUAUAUAUAUAUAUAUAUAUAUAUAUAAACUUUUCAUUGCAUUGCUGAGGUAUUAUAUUCAGUAAGAAAAUGCAAUGGUCCACAGUGUUUUAGAUGGUCAGUUGUUUCUCCGGUCUGUGAAAAUGUCACUAUAUAUUUGAUUGUUUGACUUUAAGUGAUAUGGCUAUUUUGGAAAUGCCUUAUGUUUUCCCAUACUGUGAUUAAGAUGCCUUUUUCAAGUGUGGUUAUGUGACAUUUACACAUCCAUGAAGUCACAACAGUUGUUUUGCCUUUUAUCAGGUUACAUCAAAAUGGAAAAUAAACCAAAUUACUGUCAGAAUUGCAA